AUGGACAACCUAAGAUCAACUUUAUUUAUUAGUAUUCCUCGUUAUUAUCGCAACGUCUCUUCCGCUCGUAUAGUCUGCUGCAUCUCGAAGACUGAGUUUCGUGCGCUUAAGGACUCAUUCCAGUUCCAACAUAGAAGAGUAUAUCCUAAAAGCUAUACACCAUUGUAUUUAAAUGAGUUGCACCUUAAUCAUUCUGAAUCCCCCCUUCGCAAACAAUUACAUCAACCUGACCCCACCAAAAUGAAUAGCUCUCAAGUCAGGCAAGCGGCAAUUCAUAAAGCUAAACAAGCUGCUCAUAUAUCAAAUGGAAGUGCAAGCAAAAAGCGAAAGAAGGAAGUUUUGAAGCCAAUUAUUACGGCUGAGGUACUUCACGAUGCUGCAAGUACUUCGACAAUUAAGCAAGCAUCUGCAGGAACGCAAGCUCCUAACUCCAACAAAGCUUCUCCUAACAACCGAACGCCGUCGAACUCCUCGCGCGAAGAAACUGCGCAAACGACAGCUGAUGAAGAAGAUUCCGAAGAUUAUUGUAAGGGAGGAUAUCACCCAGUUACAAUUGGUGAACAGUUCAAAGAUGGAAAAUACACGGUGGUGCGAAAGUUAGGAUGGGGUCAUUUUUCCACAGUUUGGCUUUCGCGAGAUGAAGCGACCGGUAAGCAUGUUGCACUGAAGGUUGUUCGUUCGGCAGCACAUUACACCGAGACGGCUCUAGAUGAGAUCAAAUUGCUUAACAAAAUCGUCGCAGCAAAUCAUGAUCAUCCUGGUAGGAAACAUGUUGUGAGCUUACUGGAUUCAUUUGAGCACAAGGGUCCCAAUGGAAUACAUGUCUGCAUGGUAUUUGAAGUUCUAGGCGAAAACUUAUUAGGGCUUAUCAAGCGCUGGAAUCACCGUGGAAUACCACUACCCUUGGUUAAACAAAUUACGAAACAAGUACUUCUUGGCCUAGAUUAUUUACAUCGCGAAUGCGGAAUUAUCCACACAGAUCUGAAGCCCGAGAAUGUGUUAAUAGAAAUAGGAGACGUAGAGCAGAUUGUCAAAACUUUUGUCAAAGAAGAUUUACAAGAGAAAGAAGACAAUCCAAAUGGUCGGAGACGAAGACGGACGUUGAUAACUGGCAGCCAGCCCCUACCAAGCCCCUUGAACUCCAGCUUUAAUCAAAUAGAUCUGUUACGGUUUCCAGGAAUCUCACCUACCUCCCUCAAUCAGGUCAUGAACGAAGGUAUUGAAAAUUCUAAAGAAUCCUUCUCUUUGGAUAAAGUUGUAAUGAGCAUUCCAGUAGAUUUAGCUAUUGAUCCAUCCCUCAGUAAUGAGGUGGCGGAUGAAGAGAAGCACAAUCAGAGAGAAAAGACCGCUGAAAUUCUGAGUCGACAGGUUGGCGAUAUUUCUCUUGACAAGCCUUCCAACGAAAAAAGACCGAGUGACGCAAGUGGCUUUGAAACAAUAUCUGUCAAAAUAGCCGAUUUGGGGAAUGCUUGCUGGACUAAUCACCACUUUACAGAUGACAUUCAGACACGCCAAUAUCGCUCGCCAGAGGUUAUUCUAGGUGCAAGAUGGGGAGCGAGUACUGAUGUAUGGAGUAUGGCUGCCAUGGUUUUUGAAUUAAUAACGGGCGAUUACCUCUUUGAUCCCCAGUCUGGUACUAAAUAUGGCAAAGAUGAUGAUCAUAUUGCACAGAUUAUCGAGCUUUUGGGAUCAUUCCCUAAAUCACUUUGCUUGUCAGGUAAAUGGUCACAGGAAAUCUUCACACGCAAAGGCGACCUUCGGAAUAUUCACCGUCUACGGCAUUGGGCUUUACCUGAUGUUCUGCGGGAAAAGUACCACUUUAAGGAAGAUGCUGCCAAGAAGGUAGCUGGUUUUCUGCUACCUAUGCUUGAGCUAGUCCCGGAAAAAAGGGCAAACGCUGGUGGAAUGGCUGCCCACAUAUGGUUAGAAGAUACAAUAGGCAUGAAAGGCAUAGAGAUUGAGGGUCUAGGUGUUGGUAGUAAAGGCGAAGGCAUUGAUGGUUGGUCUAGCGAAGUCAAGAGGGCACGAUAA